UCUUCUCCUCGAAGAAGCACAAGCGGCACGGCACGGAGGGAUCUCACUAAGGUCCCAACAAAUGGCCCUCCUCCACUGGAAAGCUACUCUUGCGAGCCCACUGCUGCAGAUGAGCUCUUGGCAGGAGAACACCAGCCCCUGCAACUGGUCGGGCAUAAUGUGUACGGCUGUUCGCCAUGGUCGCCAUAUGCCCUGGGUGGUGACCAACAUCUCCCUGCCGGAUGCUGGCAUCCAUGGCAAACUUGGUGAGCUCAACUUCUCGGCUCUUCCAUUCCUCACAUAUAUCGACUUUCAUAACAAUAGCCUCCAUGGUGCACUACCCACUAGUAUCAGCUCCCUGUCAGCACUUUUAGAACUCAACCUUAAGCAGAACCAGCUCGCAGGGAAAAUUCCUUGUGAGAAUCUAUCAGGUUCUCUUCCUCAAGAAAUAGGACAUCUCACAAGCCUUAUUAAACUUGGGUUGUCUAACAACUCACUUUCAGGAACUUUACCCGCAAAAAUAUGUUCGGGUGGUAGACUUCAGUUUGUCGGCAUAUCUUUUAAUAUGUUCAGUGGCCUAAUUCCAAAGAGUUUAAAGACAUGUACGAGUUUGGUUGAAAUCGACCUUCAGUGGAACCAAUUAACAGGAGAUUUAUCUCAGCAUUUUGGUGUGUACCCACAACUAAAAGACAUGCGCUUGACAUCGAAUAGAUUCUCUGGGAAAAUCUCACAAAAUCUAGGUGCAUGUACCCAAUUAACGGUAUUACGGCUAGCACAAAAUAUGAUCACUGGUUCCAUACCUCCAAUCCUUUCUAAAUUGUCCAGCCUAGAAGAACUAACACUCGAUUCUAAUCAUCUUAAUGGUGAGAUUCCACCAGAAAUUUGUACUUUAGCAAAUCUAUAUAUACUGAACUUAUCAUCAAACCGACUAUCUGGACCCAUACCCAUACAAAUACAAAAGCUAAGCAACAUAGGAUACCUUGAUAUAUCUGGGAACAGAUUGGGUGGAUUAAUACCUGAGGAACUAGGGGGCUGCACGAAAUUGCAAUCCUUGAAGAUCAACAACAACAACUUCAGUGGGAGUUUGCCCGGUGCGAUUGGAAAUUUAGCAGGCCUGCAGAUCAUGCUAGAUGUGAGCAACAAUAACCUCACUGGUGUGUUGCCACGGCAACUCGGGAAGUUGGAGAUGCUGGAAUUUCUGAAUUUAUCACAUAAUCAGUUCAGUGGCAGCAUCCCAUCAUCAUUUGCAAGCAUGGUCAGCCUUUCAACAGUCGAUGUAUCCUACAACGAGUUGGAAGGACCAAUCCCAAUAGCAAGGCUCCUAAAAAAUGCUUCAACAAGUUGGUUUCUUCCCAAUAAAGGUCUAUGUGGUAACCUCUCUGGCAUGCCACCUUGUUAUUCAACCCCAGUAGCUGCUCACAAGAAGGGGAAGAUACUUGGUUUGCUUUUGCCAAUUGUUCUUGUGAUGGGUUUCAGCGUUGUUGCUGCAACUGUUGUCAUAAUAAUACUUGCUCGUAUGAAGAGAAAACCACAAGAAAGUGUUACCAAUGAAGCAAGGGGCCUAUUCUCUGUUUGGAAUUUUGAUGGAAGAUUAGCAUUUGACGAUAUUAUAAGGGCAACCGAAGACUUUGAUGGUAAGUACAUCAUUGGAAUAGGAGGAUACGGCAAAGUCUACAAGGCACAACUCCAUGACGGGCAGCUAGUUGCUGUCAAGAAGCUUCAUCGGGACGAAGAAGAGUUGGAUGAUGAAAGAAGAUUCCGUAGUGAAAUGGAAAUCUUAACACAGAUCCGACAACGAAGCAUUGUCAAAAUGUAUGGAUUCUGCUCCCAUCCAACGUAUAAAUUUCUAGUCUACGACUACAUUCAGCAGGGAAGCCUCCACAGGACAUUGGAAAAUGAGGAGCUGGCAAAGGAAUUGGAUUGGCACAAGAGAAUUACUGUUGCAAAUGAUGUGGCUCAAGCAGUAUCUUAUUUGCACCAUGAAUGCAGUCCGCCUAUAAUACAUCGAGAUAUCACAAGCAAUAACAUCUUACUUGAUACAUCCUUGAAGGCUUUUGUCUCAGAUUUUGGCACAGCAAGGAUUCUUAAGCCCGAUUCAUCAAACUGGAGCGCACUAGCAGGAACAUAUGGGUACAUUGCUCCUGAAAUGGCGUACACAUCUGUUGUGACUGAGAAAUGUGACGUCUAUAGUUUUGGCGUGGUUGUGCUAGAGUUAGUGAUGGGAAAGCAUCCAAUGGAUCUAUUAGAUGGUAUCUCAAGCGGGGAACAAGAUGUGCUGGUGAAAGAUAUUCUAGACCAACGGCCGACAACACCAACAAGAACAGAAGAGGAUAGCUUGGCUCUGCUCGUCAGCCUCGCCUUUUCUUGCUUGGAAUCUUCUCCGCAAGCAAGACCAACCAUGCGGGAGGCAUACCAAGCACUCAUCCAGUGAUCCUCCUCUAGUCAUUGUCCAGUGUGCUGAAUGAAUCUACCACCGUGUCAUGUUAAUUGUAGAUUUCAUUUUCCCCUUUUACACAUGAAAGAAUGGUCAAUGUGGUAGACGAUGUUGUGUAAUCGCCGUGUCAUAGUGUGGAUGACUCCACGAGUUUGUUCGUGCAAAGUCUGAGUCUUGUCAUGUUGUGAGUUGUGCGCCCGCGUGAUCCCCGAGUCGCGGGGUGGCACGACUCGCACAAGGCCAUGUUUACCGUUCUCUUGUUCAAGUUUUUUAUGUUCAAAUAAGAGAAGAGAAAAGACGAGAAAAGC